AUGACCAAAUUUGACGAGUACAAAGAUCGUUACACCUACUACCAUCUUGAACGGACGGAAGAUGGUAUCCUUACCAUCCGAUUCCACACGCAAGGCAAAGACAUCAUUUGGGGUCCCAAGCCCGACGAGGAAUUGGGCAAACUCUACGCGGAUGUGGCCAACGAUGUCGACAACAAGGUCGUCAUUCUCACCGGAAGUGGGAGUACCUUCAUCCACUACGAAGACCUCGCAUCGGAAGCAAACUUCUUGCCCGCGUCAGAAUGGGGAACACAUUAUCACCCCUUUGUCUUGCGUCUCCCGCACAACCACAUCGACAUUGACUGUCCCAUGAUUGCCGCGGUCAAUGGUCCGGCAACCGUGCAUGCCGAACAGGCACUCCUCUGUGACAUUGUGCUGGCGUCCGAGACCGCGGCCUUUGGCGAUCAGCCCCAUUUUCCCAAUGGCUUGGUGCCGGGCGAUGGUGUCCAGGUGGUUUGGCCCAUGUUGAUCGGCAUGAACCGCGCCCGCUACCUGAUGUACACCGGUCAAAUCCUCGAUGCCCGAGAGGCCAAAGACUGGGGCUUGGUCAACGAGGUCCUCCCGCCAGCGGAGCUCCUUCCACGAGCACACGAGUUGGCUCGCCAGCUGUUGCAGGUGCCGGAGCUCACGCGACGCCUGACCCGCCGUACGUUCGGCGCCGUCAUCAAGGAGCAAUUGAACACCGCACUCCCUUACGGCGCGGCGUUGGAAGGUCUCGCCGCCGCUCAUUACUGGCCGCAGACGUACAAGCACGCGAGACUCCCUCCUAGCGCUCAAUUGCCUGACUGA